AUGCCAGAUGAUUCUGAUCAGUACAGUAACUUACUCUACAAAACUUGCACAACCCAAACUUUCAGAUCUUCUAACCAUGCCCAAGCCCUUUCCUCCUUCUUUCAGGACCUCCUAGCCCAAUCUUCCCAAUCCAAAUUCUUCAAAACCACAGCUGGAGACGAAAACGGUGCCGUUUCAGGCCUCUUCCAAUGCAGAGGAGAUCUCAGCAACAACGAGUGUCAAACCUGCAUAACAACCCUCUCUCACCUUUCAAACUCCUUAUGCCCACAAUCUGUCUCUGUUCGCUUUCAUCUUCCGGGGUGCUAUGUUCUCUACGAAGCUGAAGGUCUCACUGGGGUAAGUAAUGGUGAUGAGGACCGCCAUGAAAAUGUGCACAAAACUUGCAGGGGAGGAAAGGUGGUGGGAAGGGAGUUUGAGGAGAUGAGAGAUGGUGGGUUUGCAGCCAUGGAAAGUGGGAUGUGGAAGAUGAUGAGUAAGGAUGGGUUUUACUCUGUGGAUUAUCAACUGGUCCGUGUCAUGGCGCAGUGCCAAGGAGACUUGCUGAGACAUGUCUGUGAUUGCGGUGAAUGUGUGAGCAGCGCGCUGGAGAUUGUUAGUGAAGAAUGUGGCGGAUCAGUUUCAGGCCAAGUUUAUUUGGACAAAUGCUUUGCUGGAUAUACUUAUUAUCCUUAUGGAAUACCAGAUGAGAAGAAGAACGGAGAUAAUACAAGGAAGUCAGUUGCAAUUGUUUUGGGAGGAGCAGCGGCUUUGAUCUUCGGGUUUAUUUUCUUCUUGGUCCUCAAGAACUUGGGGAAGAAGGAUGAUG